AUGAUGCAGGCCCGUCCCAUUCCUAAGCGUGUCUGGGACAGAUCCACGAGAGAUUUGCGUCCAUUUCGGCACGCCCUCUACUGUGUCUUUUCGUUUUGCCGUUUUUUUUGCGCAGCGUUGGAAAGUGAAGAGCUUGUGAGCACCAUCACCAUGCGGUCCACCGGCCUCGUUUACACGCUUUGCACGCUGCUCUUGGCGCUGCUCUUUGGCAAUGCUACGGCUAUUGUCUCUGCCAACACCACCGACGGUCGCGACGCCAUCUCAGGCAAUGCUACCUCUGGAGGAGGCUCUGGUCAGGGGAGCUUCACAGAAGACGCUGGCAAGAGCAAGUACCUCCUCGGCGUCGGCAAGGCUGAUAUUACUGGUCCUGUUGCCGAAGUAGCUCUGACUGGCUAUGCCAACCUGCAGCAGAUUGGUUCCGGUCUCCGGCAGAGACUCUUUGCUCGUGCCUUUAUCAUUGGCGAUACAGAGGACCCUGGCGCCAGAACUGUCUAUGUUGUCCUCGACGCCCUGGUCGGCGACACCAGCGUGCGCUUUGGUGUCCUCGACGCCCUGUCCAAGCUUGGUGACGACUACAAGAUGUACGACCAAGAUAAUGUCGCCUUGGCCGCUGUUCACAGCCACUCUGCGCCCGGCGGCUGGAACAACUACCUGACGCCUCAAAUUCCAGGCCUCGGUUUCAACGACGAGAGCUACAACGCGCUCGUGGAUGGAACGGUGCAGGCCAUCAAGCGCGCUCAUCAGAGCCUGACCGAGGGGAAAUUGGACGUUGGAUACACUGAUAUCAAGAAUGCCGCCAUCAACCGCUCGCUGUGGGCUUACCUCAACAACCCCAGCGAAGAGCGUGCCCGAUACGCCGACUCGACCGACAAGACCAUGACGCUGCUCCGCUUCACACGCUCCGAAGACGAUAAGAUUAUGGGCAUUCUCAACUGGUUCCCGACCCAUGGCACCUCCAUGUACCGCAACAACACCCAUGUUGCCGGCGACAACAAGGCUCUCGCAGCCUGGAUGGUCGAGCAGGACGCCAGGUCCAACAGCCGGUAUGCCGACAACUUUAUUGCGGGCUUCAGCCAGGCCAAUUUGGGCGAUGCCUCUCCCAACGUGGAGGGUGCUUUCUGCGAGGAUGGCACCAACGCCCAGUGCCGCCUCGAGGAUGCCACUUGCAAGGACGGCACAGUUCUCAAGUGCCAGGGCCGUGGUCCCUACGCCGGUCUGCCCGACUUUGGCGCCAAGAGCUGCCACGAGAUUGCCACGCGCCAGUUCAACGGCGUGCAGAGAAUCAUGAGCUCCAACGACUGGACCUCGAUUCAUGGUCCCGUCAAGUCAUUUCACUUCUUCCACGACAUGGCCGGGUGGGAGUUUGACCUCCCCAGCGGCGAAAAGGCCAAGACGUGUCCGGCGGCGCUGGGCUACUCGUUUGCGGCGGGUACCACCGACGGCCGCGGCGAGUUUGACUUUAUCCAGGGCGACGCGGGCAAGCCUCACAACCCGUGGUGGAACUUUGUCGAGAACAUUGUCAAAAAGCCGUCCCAGGAGCAGGUCGACUGCCACAGUCCCAAGCCCAUCUUCCUGUCUGCUGGCGAGCUCAGCUGGCCGUACGCCUGGGAGCCGAAUAUCGUGGACAUUCAAAUGUUCCGCAUCGGACAGGUCUUUGUCAUUCUCAGCCCCAGCGAAGUCACCACGAUGAGUGGACGGCGCUGGAAGGAGGCCGUGGGCAAAAAGGCGGCGGAGCAUGUCAAGGACCCCAUCGUGGUUCUCGGCAGCCCCGUCAACGUGUAUGCCCACUACGUCACGACGCCGGAGGAGUACGAGAUGCAGCGCUACGAGGGUGCCGCCACGCUGUACGGCCGCCACGAGCUGGAUGCCUACAUCAGCCUCAGCACCGGCAGCAUGCGCUACCUGCAGGCCAACUCGACCAGCAAGCCUGACCCGGGCCCCACGCCGCCCAACAACACGCAGCGGUCGCUGCGGCUGCUCCCGCCCGUGCUCUACGACACGGCGCCUUGGGGCCGCAGCUUCGGCGACGAGGUGGCGCGGCCCAAGCCGGCGUACACGCGCGGCGAGGUGGCCAAGGUGACGUUCCAGGGCGCCAACCCGCGUAACAACCUGCGUCUCGAGGGCACGUACGCGGCGGUCGAGAAGAAGGGCGGUGACGGCACGUGGACGCAGGUCCGGGACGACGCGGACUGGUUCCUGGUGUUUACGUGGCGCAAGACGAGUGCGGUGCUGGGAAGGUCCGAGGUGGACAUUGAGUGGGAUACGGCGGGCAAUGCCGAGCCAGGCACGUACCGCCUCAAGUACUAUGGUGAUGCCAAAAACUAUGGCUCCAGCGUCAAGGGGUUUACUGGCACUAGCAGUCAGUUUUCACUGCGAUAG